CAAAACUCUCUCCUUUUUUUUUUCUCUCCCCCUCCUGUUGGCAGCGGCUCACAUCGCCGCCGCUCUCGUUCAGUCGGGAUGGCUCUUUGUUGGCGCACGAAAGCGGCCCCGACACUUCAAUAAGUGCGGGUGUUGUUGCGGGCCGGUGCCCCCGCUGGACUUGUGUUUAUGUUUGGACGCACGGCGCUGGGACAUCCGGAAUGGGGAAUCCGUAGGAGGAGACGCACGGUGGCGGUGUGCUGUCGGCAUAGAGAGCGCGCGCGUACGCACACACACACACACACACACUCCCACAUGCGGCCGAGAUGGACUUUAAGAAGACAAAAUUUGGAAGGUUUAUGAACGGCAGGGUGCCAGCCAGUAAGAGAUACCAGCCCACCGAAUAUGAACAUGCUGCUAACUGUGCCACACACGGGUUCUGGAUCCUGCCCAGCCUGGUGGGCGGGUCUGUGCUCUACUUCCUGUCUGUGGACCAAUGGCAUCGCGUCGCUGCUUGGCUCUACGGGAUGGGGCUCACCGGCCUGUUUGUCACCUCGACACUCUUCCACACUGCUGCCUGGAAGAUCAGCCACCUCCGGAAAGUGGAGCAGCGUUUCCACAUGUGUGACAGAAUGGCCAUCUACUUCUUCAUCGCUGCCUCCUACUCUCCCUGGCUGAUGCUGAGGGAGCUGGGGCCCUGGGCGUGCCACAUGCGCUGGCUGAUCUGGGUCAUGGCCUGUGGAGGAUCCACCUAUGUGUUCUUCUUCCAUGAAAGGUACAAGCUGGUAGAGCUGCUAGGAUACGUGGCCAUGGGAGCUGUUCCAGCUUUGGUCAUCUUGUCCAUGGUGGACCGUGCAGGCGUGUGUGAGCUGGCGACGGGAGGUGUGUUUUACGUGGUGGGCGUGGUCUUCUUCAAGAGUGAUGGCCUCGUCCCUUUCGCCCACGCCAUCUGGCACCUUUUCGUCGCAAUUGGAGCAGGCAUUCAUUAUUACGCCAUCUGGAGGUACUUGUACCUGCCCGGGCCUCUGCUGCAGACGUCGAGGUGACUCGCCGCCCUCGCCUGAGCUCACCUGGCUCCGCACCAAGUGAAUGACCAAGGAGAAUGAGAUCACUUGCCAACACCUCAAGAAGACUGAUCACUGUGUUUUGACCAUAGCUAAUCCUACUCUGCGCACAGGACUGACAGCUAUGGAUGGAAGGAAACGGAUCAAACACCUGCACAAAAUUCCAGGUAUCUGACUUACUGGCCUUCGAUUAAACACAGUUAACCGUGUGACAAACUGCUCGUUAAGUUGACAUCCAGCCAGAGAUCCAACUAUCCAACUCUAACCACUUCCAGUUUGCUAAGUAAUGCGGACUGGCUAGACACCUUGUAACAGAUUAAAGACUUGCAGAAACACAGUUCUAAUCCUGCCAGGUUGUUAUCAAUAACAUAUACCAGCCAAACCGGCCUGACUGGCCAAACAGACGGACAGCUGAUGGAGACAUAAGAGAAUGGACUUUAAACCCUGUAACUCGCCUGGGUCCAUACUAUCUAGUAUCAGAUGGGUGCAGCUUAUGAAGGGAAGAACACAUAAAAAAAAUUAAAUGAUAAAAAUAACAGAUAAAUGAUGAAAAAAGAGUGAUAAAAGUACAAUUGAAUUGAUAGAUUCAUUUGUAUCUCAUGAAUGAGUUAUCAAGUAUAUUUCUGGGAUUUAAUUCUUGUGAGUUCUACCCUUCAUCGAGGUGUGCCAGAAAAGGCAAUGCAUGAUGUUCCAGGAUAUUUGCAUAACAACAGGAAAGUGAGGCAUAGAGAUGAAUGAUGUCUUGGCCUACUUUUCCAUCACUGACAACUUUAUAAAUUAUCCUCAGGUGGUAAACUCCACCCUACUGGUACUCCAAGCCAAUUAAAACUAAGGGUGACUUGUUAUAAUACUUCCUAAUGUGUUACUAUUUGAACCAGGAGGUGCCUACUCUUGCCGUACACGCAUUCCUUCACUAUGGUGCUAAGCCCUACUGUACGUUGAAACUGCAACACUCAGAGUAACCAUUACUUUGAUUUAGACAUGUUCCAAUCCCAUUUUUCCUUCCUGAUACCAAUUCCGAUACCUGAACUUGUGUAUUGAUCGCUAUGGUAACCCCUAGCUCCAACAUCUUUUACAGUGUUGUGUUUCUCGUGUGUCAGAUGUGUAGGUUGUUGACUUGCAGUGGGUGAACUCGCCCAGAAAAACACAAACGCACAUCAGCAAUUCAAGCGAACACGGGCACAAUAGGAUAAAAAAAAAAGCGUUAACUGCGCACAAAAAUUAAGUCUGAAGUUUAAUAAUUAAUUAUCCAUCCAGGAUUGUAAGCUGUAUCGGAGGCAUUUCCAGUAUUGGUAUCGGUAUCGGAAGAACUCUACUUUGAUUUUGUCUCACUCUUGUUCAUUUUUGUGCACACACAGAGCAGAGUUGGCACUGCUGCCUGUUAACUUUGCCCAGAUAACAAAAGCUCAUGGUGUAUUUUGGAGAUUAUUAUCUGUCACUACUCUGCCAGGAUAUUGUACAUUCAUGUGGGAUUAACUGAACCUUGAAGGCUCAGAGUACUGCAUCUUUGCUGCCAGUAAUGUUACACACAGGCAUACCUCUUGCUCAGGUUGUGUUUGACUUUGACUGUAUUUGUGGCCAGUAGAGAGACUAUAGACUGUAUGUGACACCUGGGAGACAGACGCCGUCGUGUGAAGUCUCCAGACUGCAGCGAAGUAAAAAGACGAACAGGCCGAGCCCUUUUUGGGCAAGGCAAAAGGCAUUAACUUCUAAUUGAAGAUAACAGGUCAUUUUAAAACAGGGCCUGGUUGUGAUUCUGUUGUGAUUUAUGAUUGUAAUGAAUCUAUGAAAAAAAAAAUUUCUCAAUUCAAAAGGAUUUGAAAGGCGAAAAGUCUGAUGUAUCAUUACGACCGAUCUACUGUAAAACUGAUGAUUUUAACAAUAUUCUAGACUAACGUUCAACUCAUAAGGGAUGCCCAGCGAAGUACUGAGUCUAGCCUUACACUAAAUAUUUUGUUAAGAUGAUAUCUGCUUAUUUUUUUAGUCAAGGACUAUGAUUGCCAAUUGUCUAGUUGUGGUAAUGCACUCUUCUCCUAGAGCACUUUUCCAUCAGAGCAUUAAUGUGUACAUCCUCCACAGAUGUGAAAAUUAGCACAGGAGGACUGUACUUUAUAUAGCACAAUUCAAAAUUAUUAUUUUUUUGCAUUUCAAAGAGUUAUAAUCUUUAUAUUUCUCGAAGCACUGUAUUUAAUAGAUUAGACUUUCAGGCUGGCUUUCCCUUCCCUCUAGCUAAACUGUUUCUACUGUCAGCAAACAGAGAACUCACUCAGGAAGUGAAUGAUUUGUAUCAGAGGUUCUAUUUUGUAAAAUUAUAUUUCAGAGAAAUCACUGAAUUAAAGGAGAGACACCCUAUGAC